GUCAGGUCCUGCGGUCUGGAGCUCGAGCGCUUCAGGCACUCUGACCGUACACCUUUCCGCGCCCCCUGGGCCCGACCAGUGCUCGUCCGAGCGGCUGCUGAUGGCGGACGACCGCUCGACAGUGCUGACGCCGGGCGAGUGCUUCCGACAUCACGUCUUGCAUGAUGACGGGUCCGACGCGGGCUCUGUUCUUGGCGUGGUGCGCAGAGUGAUGUCGGACAACCCAGGGGGCACCGCCUACGAGGUGGAGUACUUUGCUGCUGGUGACCAAUAUCUGUCAUGGUGGCUUAAUUCACGCAUUGCGAAGCGAGAGAAGAUGAUCUUACACGUGUGCCGUGGGCCAGUCUCGCGAUGUCGCUACACGGCACCGCGGGCGGGGUGCCAGGUGCUCCACACCAGAGCGCCCCAGAGGCUCACGGCCGCUCAGGCAGCCGAGCGGCACAUGGCACUGCUCCACCACGAUGAGGAUUGCCCCGAGCUACCGGCUGAUGUCGCUCAGGCCGCCUUAGAUGAGGUUGAGGCCGCUGAGGAGGAAGAGGAGCCGCCGCCGAGUCGCGCCGCUAUCGCUGGCCCGGCCAGGAAACGCCCCGCCGGCGUAGGCAAGGCUGGGGGCGACCUGGUGGAGCUCGACGGCGACGAGGAGGCCGACGAGGCGGACGCGGAGGCCUUUGCUGAGCUCGACAGGGAGCUCGCAGCGCUUUCAGGCAAGUCCGAAGACGCGAAGGGCUCGGCGAAGGACGGCUACCUGGAGCGCCUCAAUAAGUUGCGGGAGAAGCUCGCGACAGUGCGCGGCCCGGAGGCCGCUGCAGGCGGGGCCGCGGCCGCCGCACCCAACAAGAGGGCCAAGUUCGGCGAGGUGGUCCAGGCGAGGAUGACUGGACAGGCGCCGAGUGCUGCCGCUGCUGGUCCAGCAGAUGGCGGUCGUGCUCGCGGGCCAGGCGAGCGGGCAGUACUGAAGACGCUCGCCGAGUACCUGAGUCGGAAGGGCGACGACGACGACGACGGCCUGUUUGACAGUGAUGAUGAUCGCGUCCCCGGCGGGCGCCCCGUGGCGGCCCGCCGCCUGGCGUGCAAGAAGAUAGCGGAGAAGCAUCCAGGGCGCCUCUCGGAGAGGGAGAUGGAGAACAUGGCGCAGUUUGUGGACCAUGAUAUGCUGGAGGACCGGUACCGCGAGCUGCGGACGCUCGCGGAGAGUGCGGACCUCAUAGUCUCGGGCAAGCCCACUCACGCCUUGGAUUUCAUCUUCUGCAGGAUCAAGGCUAUCCAAAAAACCAUGCGGGAUGGCUAUUCGAGGACGGCGAAGUGGUUCGAGCUCAUCCCCCCCGACAAUGGUGGAUUGAGCCUCUCAGUUGAGGACGAGGAGCUCGUCGCGGGCAUCGAGGCCGCCGAGGUGCGCAUGGCCCAGCUGCUCGGGCGCCUCGGGGGCCGCGUGCCGGGUGUCGGCCAAGAAAGCGGCGAAGCCGAGCGAGCCGCAGAGGCGGGUCGCGCUGGAGUAUUGAACGCGAUGAGCGGCGCGGCUAUCGGCAGCGAGGUGGCCGCGCUGACGCUGGGCCAGUGGAAGGCGGACAUCGCCUCGCGCAUGUGCCGCAGCGGCCCAAGCCGAAUGACAAUGCUGGAGAUCGGCUUCGGGAUCCUCACCAGCGUUAGGAGAAUGCCAAGUUGCAUUGGAGAUUUCGCUAGAAGGUUCCCUGUGGGCGUCGCGCCACAAUCGCCGGAGGCUGGUGUCGGGCGCGAUGUGCUGCCCCUGCCAGUAAGGGAGCCGGCAACCUUUAUCGCCUGGGAACGUGAUCUGAAGAGAAGAGGAAUGUUGGACGGUGAGGGAUCCCCCGUGGAUGUUACGGAGUGGCCAGCUGCUCUAAAGAAGGAGGCCCAAGCCAUGGCGGUCGAGGUGUGGACCUUCCUGAGCGUACUGGGCCUGAACUACCUUUACCUUGGCCACCUGAGCAAGGACCGCUGGGAAGCAGCCGGGCGCCUUUCUGAGGUGCAGGCCGCCAGCCUACGUGUGAUCGUUGAGACGGGCGAGUGGCGCGUGGGCGAUGCGUUGGCGGCGGUGGACAUCCCGUUCUGGCCUCAGGAAAUGAAGAAGACGAAGUCGAGCUACGACCUGGAGGAGGACUGUCGGGCGCCCCCUCUGAAGUUCGGCGAGCUUGAGCCCGGCCUUCCCAAAGCCGAAGAUAUCGGCCGCUUGGACGUGCUGGACUAUGAGGGGCCAAGGCUCAAGGAGGUGCUCACCAAACCCGAGAUGUCGCUCUUGCCGGGGGCCGAGUGGCCCGAGUCGCCCCCGAAGGCAAAGGUCAACGUCGAGAAGCUGGAGGACUGGUGGGCCAUCGCUGCCAAGCUGGUGGAGCGUGGAUUGCUGGCCCCUAUACCAGCUGAGCGCAUCUUUGUGGCCCGCGGCCGUCGCGUCACGAACGGUUUGUUUGCAGUGGCGAAGUCGGGGUCCCCAGCUGAGGGAGAGGCCAGAGUGACACGUUUGAUUUUCAACAUGGUCCCGACGAAUACGUACCUUCGACCGUUGGCGGGGGACUCAGUGACUCUGGUACCCUCGCCGGCGUGGGUAAGCAUCUCCCUUGGCCCCGAGGAGGUACUGCUCUGGAGUGGGGACGACCAGAAGGGAGCUUUCUUCAUGCACCGCAUUCCUGCGCCGUGGCUGGGCUACAUGGCGAUUUGCACCCCAAUCCCUGGCCAUGUUCUUGGCGUGAAGGCCAUGGAGGUGUGGCUGGCCAUGACGGUGCUGCCCAUGGGCUGGGUGUACAGCGUCCCCAUUUUCCAGAGCGUCCACCGGCGGGUUGCGCUUCUGGGUCGCCCUGCUGGCGCCGCCCUCCCAGCUGACCUGGAGUGGCGGCGCGACCGUCCUAUCCCCGCCGCUGCAGCUGCUCUCCUGUCUCAUGAGGGCCCUCGCGAUUGGUGGAGUGUGUACAUCGACGACUUCGAUAUCUGCGAGACGGCUGGAUGCAAGGAGGCGCUCGCGAAGGUGGGCACUCCUGGCCGCCUGCAGGCCCAGAUGAGGGAGAGCUACCAGCGGAAUGCAAUCCCCAUCAGCGUGGACAAAGCCAACCAGAGGCAGCUCUUGGUCACGCGGAUGGGCGUAGAGGUGGACGGGAUCUCAGGCAGGGCCGCCAACAACCGGAUAAAGAACGUGCAGCUGUACAGCCUUACCAUGUGGCUCCUGACGAGAGAGAACCCCCUCGGGAACCAGCUCUUGAUUCUCAUGGGACGCUGGGUGAGGGCGCUAGAUUUUCGACGUCCUCUCUUCGGGGUGUUCAACUCGGUGUGUGAGCAGAUUGGCUCGGGCCGCAUUGUGUUGACCAGAGCCAGCCCGGGCGAGCUGAUACACAGCUGCCUGCUGAUGCCCCUCGCCUCCACCAACCUGAGGGCCGCUACCGCGGGCAUCGUCUCGUGCUCUGACGCCAGCGACGACGGUGCAGGUAUGUGCACGGCCGCGGGGCUCGCAGAGGGGGCCGCGAAGUUCCUGGCAUCUCUCGGGAGCCCUGAGACCUGGGGCCAUCGCAUUGCCAGCUACACCAGCUCGUGCACGAUCGAGCCGACCAGGAUCGCCCCAGGGGCUCCGCCGCGCGUCCUGUUGGUGAGCUUGUUUGACGGUAUCGGCGGUGCUGCUGUGUCGCUGGUGCGCGCUGGUUUCGACAUCGUGGGCUACAUGAGCAACGAGGACGCGAGCGGUGUGAGCGCCGACCGGCAGGGCGCACAUGGCGCUCGGAGCGGCCUGUUCAAGCGCAUACCCAAGGUGGUGAGCGCACUUGCUUUCGCCAUGAAGGCGGUCCUCAAGCUCCCCGGGGUGCACGUGGAGCCCAAGGCCAACUACGACCUCAUCAGGGCGCUCCAGGUCCCGAAUGCUCCUGCAAGCUCUUGGGUUGCCUCAGGGUGCUCCAGGGCCUCGGACAAGGGCCCAGUCUGCACGUUUCUCCAGCGGCGGGAGAAGACUGUCCCGCACAAGCCUGCAGGUCUAUCGACAGCAAGCCCAGAGGCCAUCCAGAGGUGGACCCAGGACCUGCACGCGCACCCUCCGUACCAGUACGAGCUAGUUCACAUGAUUCGGGACACCAAGGGGGACUUGAGGCCUUUGUGUGCCACGGAGAAGGAGGUGCUCAUGGGAUUCCCUCGCCACUACUCGUCGUCCGUAGCCAGCUCGGGCUCCAGCCGUGGCAGCGUUGAGAACGAUCGCUGCAGCCUCUUGGGGAACGCGUUCGCCUGCUGCGUCGUUAGCUGGCUGUUCCUCGGUCUGAAGUGCCAGUUGGGCUGGCCCGUCAGGGCGACCGACCUCGAGGGGGUCACGAGCGAGUUGGAGGUAACGGACUUACUCGACGAGUCGGUGGAGUUCUCGAAGGACCCCAUCAAGGAAACCUCCAUCGGCCGCAAGCUGGUCGAGAUUUUCUUGACGAUUGCCGAGAAGUCGGGGAGCGACAUCCGCCUCGACCUCGGCGUGCCUUUCCGCCCCAAGGCGUGGCCGCGAUCCUCGAUGGACCCGGCGCUGUGGCGCUGGCGGCCGACGCUGUCCUUCCCGUGGCCGAAGUCGUCGAGGGAGCUGCAUAUCAACGCGCUCGAGUUGAAGGCGGUGAACGCUUCCUUGCGGCACAGGACUCGCACUACCUCGUUCAGGAGCGCGAAG